AGUCGUUGCAAAAAUAGUAAGGGAGCCUCGUUGGAGGCAUCAUAGGUCACGAAGCCUACGAGGGAAGAAAUCUUGAGAAAGAAAGGGUGUUUUUCUUUUUCCCUCUUUUUUUUUUUUAAUUUUACCUUUUGAGAAAAGAAAAGAAGGCACCCCAGCCAAUCCCUCUCUCCUCCACACCGAACUCCAAAUGGGAAGAGGAAACUACCAGAUGGAAGAAGAAAGGAAGCAUCGGAAGACAAUAAAAAAUGGGGUGCCCUCCCUCCCCUCAUAAAUCGCACAUCUUAGCCCCUAAUGAUCGUUUCCCCUCCAAACCUUGGACCUAUCAAAAAAUUCGAUGUUUCCUCCUUUUCUAUCCUCAUUGGCCGCUGCACCUCUCUCAACUCCCUCCCCUCCGCCCAAACCCUCCACUCCAACCUCAUCAAAACCGGCCUCCACCGCCACACAUUCCUCGCCAACCGCCUCCUCGACCUCUACUCUCGCCUCGGCUCCACCACCUCCGCCUUCCAAGUCUUCGACGAAAUCCCCUCCAAGAACACCUUCUCGUUUAACAUUCUUCUCGCUCUCCUCUCCAAGACCGGCCGCAUUCGAGAUGCCCGCCAGCUCUUCGAAGAAAUGCCCCAGCGGGAUACCGUCAGCUGGAAUUCCAUCAUCUCCGCGUACAUCUCCAAUGGCUUGUUCGCCGAGGCCUUUGAACUUCUGUACAAAAUGCAAGACCUCGGAGCGAGGUUCAGUGAGUACACGCUGUCCCUCGCUGCCUCCUGUGUCUCCGAUGCUCGGCACGCCAAACAAGUGCAUGGGUUUCUCAUCCGCAGUGGCUUGAAUUCAUCGAACAACGUGAUGGACAAUGCGCUUAUCGAUAUGUAUGGAAGGGUUGGAGUCAUCAGUUAUGCUUGCGGUGUCUUUCGAGCCAUGGAGGACCUCGAUGUCAUCUCUUGGAAUUCGAUGAUCUCGGUCUAUGGCAACUCAGGUCAUGGUGAGAAGGCAUUGGAGUGUUUUCGUUCGAUGAGGGCUCACGGGUUUCCAAUUGAUGAGUUCACGGUGUCGUCGGUGAUCCAUGCCUGCGCGGAUCUUGGGCAUUUGGCCGAGGGUGAGCAACUUCUGGCCCAGUGCUUCAAGAUGGGAUUCCUUUCGAAUUCUGUAGUUUCUAGUGCUGUUAUUGACCUGUAUUCCAUGUGUGGCAGACUGGAGAAUUCGAUUCGGCUCUUCGAAGAAAUGGACAGAUGGGAUUCAGCCCUCUGCAAUUCCAUGGUAUCAACCUACGCCCGUAUCAGGCUUGUGCAUGAAGCUCGGAGUCUCUUUGUGGUGGCUCUGAGGAAGGAAAUGAGGCCGACGGGAUUCACCUUUGCAAGUAUUCUGUGCUCAAGUUCCUGUUUUGGGUUGACUGAGCAGGGAACACAGAUCCACUGUUGGGUUUUUAAAUUGGGUUUUGAGGCAGAUUUGAUUGUUUCUAGUGCUCUUGUAGACAUGUAUACUAAGUUAGGAUCGGCGGAAUCGGCUUUGAAAAUUUUUUCAGCAAUGGCUACCAGGGACUUGGUCUUCUGGAAUACCAUGAUCAUGGGCUUAGCUCGAAAUGGGCAAGGCACAGAAGCUCUAAGAAUUUUCAAACAAAUGCAAGACAGUGGUACCCAACCUGAUAGAAUUACUCUGGUUGGUGUUUUGUCUGCUUGCAGUCAUGAAGGCUUGGUCCAUGAAGGAAAGAGAAUAUUUUCAUCCAUGGAGAAGAAAUACGGGGUGGUACGAGGCCUCGAGCACUAUAACUGCAUGGUGGACAUGAUGGGCCAAGCAGGAAGGCUGAGAGAGGCAAUGGAGAUUAUAGAGACCAUGCCUCACAAGCCUACUGCAGCAACAUGGGAAUUGCUUCUUGAAGCUUGCAGGAUUCACGGGAACAUGCAGCUAGAAGAAAUAGUUGCAGAGAAAGUGAUGGAGUUGGAGCCUUGCUCAUCAGUUCCUUAUUUUGUAUUAGCUCGGGUGUAUGGUACGAGAGGGAGGUGGGAGAGCAUGGCUCGAGUGUGGAAGACCAUGGGAGAUAGAGGUGUGAAGAAGGUUGGUGGAUGCAGUUGGAUUUGCAUUAGAAAUCUCAUCUUCAUUUUUACUUCUGACCAGAUAUUGCAUUAUGGAGGGGAAGACACAUACUUGAUGUUACGUUUGUUGUGUUGGGAGAUGGUGGGUGAGGGAUAUGUUCCCGAACAGCAUGAAGAAAUGGAAGAUCAAGAAAAGUGAGGCUGAUAAUGCAUUGCUGGAUGUCUUUUUGAUGGAUUGAAGCGAAAUACUGACCUUCAUGGAUGCUAAUUUUCAGGCUAUUUUUGUGUUUGGUAUUCCUUGAAGUGGAAAAUAGUGAACGACCUUUGUCCUAAACUCCAGGGAACUUUCACAUGGUUGGUUGAGCUCAUCUUUCAGGCUGAGUGGAGGAGAAUUUUAGGCAUCAGAUUAUCAUUCUGGUGCUUAUGGAAAGGAAGGUGGCUAUUGGCAUACUUACUGAUAUAAGCCACUGGAAAAUGUUUGCUUUUAACUUGCUUGUUGGUUGAUGGAUGGUCAAUCAAUUUGGAUUAUCUUAACAAUGGCUUGGAAGGAGAAUUGCUUGUUACAUUUCAAAACCGACAACAUUGACACCUCCAAGAUUACACUUCCAUUGCAAGUCUAGAGAACCAGAGAACAUGCAUCAUGAAUGAAAGGGAGAAUUAAACUAGGUCAAGCAACAGCUUCUUGUACAUUACCUAAAGGUUGUCACUGAAGCAUUAAAUUUUUUUCAGAAGGGGAAUGUCACUAUAGAUUGGAACCGGAAGAUACGUCCUAGGAAACUUGCAGACAUUUUGGAUGAAGUGGGUGAUAUCCUAUCCUCCACAGCUAUUGGUUGCCUGCUUAUCCAACACUGUUGGCACUUUCGGCAGCAUACCGAGAACUGGCCUUGUAAAUGGUUCUCUGUUUAACGUACGCUUUCAUUAUUGUAGCAAUUCUUGUUGUAUACGCAAAAUACUCAUUUUAUAUCUACACACUAAGGAUGGAGAGAGCC